ACGCAACGCCAGCACAAGCGGCAGACUCACACGCGGCCGAGGCAGGGGUAGAAAUUAACGGCCAUCUGAGAGAAGAGAAAAAUUAGAAGCUCGGAGAGGUCGCGCGAUCCAUGGCGAGCCUGAGCGUGCCUCCGGUGCUCACGUCCCCGCGCAACGACGCCAUCGCCCUCCACAGGGCCUUCAGAGGGUUCGGCUGCGACAGCACGACGGUGAUCAGCAUCCUGGCGCACCGCGACUCGACGCAGCGCGCGCUCAUCAUGCAGGAGUACCGGGCGCUGUACCGGCAGGACCUCUACCACCGCCUGUCGACGGAGCUCAGCGGCCACCACAAGAAGGCGAUGCUGCUCUGGGUGCUGGACCCCGUCGGACGCGACGCCACCAUUCUGAACCAGGCCCUCAACAGCGAGAUCACCGACCUGAGGGGCGCCACCGAGGUGAUCUGCUCCAGGACGCCAUCGCAGCUGCAGGUCAUGAAGCAGACCUACCGCGCGCUCUUCGGAUGCUAUCUCGAGCAUGACAUCACCGAGCGCACCUACGGCGAUCAUCAGAAGCUCUUGCUGGCGUACCUGGGAGUCCCACGCUACGAAGGCCCGCAGGUGGAUCCUUCGGCGGCAGCGUACGACGCGAGGGAGCUCUACAGAGCCGGGGAGAGGAGGCUGGGCACAAACGAGCGGACCUUCAUCCGCAUCUUCAGCGAGCGCAGCUGGGCUCACAUGGCGUCCGUCGCCGCCGCCUACCAGCACAUGUUCACCCGCUCCCUCGAGAAGGCUGUGAAGAGCGAGACGUCGGGCAACUUCGAGUUCGGGCUGCUCACCAUCCUCAGGUGCGCCCAGAGCCCGGCGGGGUACUUCGCCAAGCUGCUGCACAAGGCGAUGAAAGGGCUGGGCACCAGCGACACGGCGCUGAUACGGGUGGUGGUGACCAGGACGGAGAUCGACAUGCAGUACAUCAAGGCGGAGUACCACAAGAAGUACAAGAGGUCGCUGGCCGACGCCAUCCACUCCGAGACCUCUGGCAACUACCGGACCUUCCUCCUCUCGCUCGUCGGCCGAGACCGUUAUUAGAAUCGCACCAGUAUGGUGCCGUGGCUCGGCUGAGUGCCUAUGCUUCCGCCUUCCUGGUCCGCUAUGGCCUAUGGGUGAUAGAUGCGUGUGUUUGGAAUGUUCGUGUACAUUUUUUUUUGAAAUCAGUGUUUGUGUACAUAUUUGUUUCCCCCUGGAAUGACAUAUGGUGUUAAAAAUAA